CGUCAGAGUCGCUGAUCCACCAGGGGCCUCUUCAUCGCCCGCUCCGGUCCUUAGGCAGAUUCUGUCCCUCCCCUGACUUAUCCCCUCUCUUUGUCGGACUUGAACCCUCUCUCUCCUCGACUCGUUACUCUUCGUCGUCCCUGUUCAUCUGUUCCCCCUCACCUCCCACCACCCACCUUUCACCCCCCUUAUCACGCAACGCACACUAUCUCUGUCGCAAUUGAAACCACCUUCUACGGUCAUGGCUGAAGAUGAUGCUGAGCAGGCCUUUUUUCAGGCUCAGGCAAUGAAUGCGGAUUCUGUGGACUAUAAAGCCGUUGAAGAGCAGGGUGCAGCAGAUAGUUCAGAUUCAGAUGAUUAUGAUCCUUCAAAACCACUGCCAGAUCAGUAUUCUGGUUCCUUGACAGACUCCAAGCAGACCGAAAAUGUUCCUUCUGAUGCCCCUUCUGAUGCUUCUCCCGAUGCUUCUCCCGAUGAUACUCCCUCCGACCCCAACCCCCCCGAACAGACUACUUCCCUGCCUCCCCCUGAAUCAGACCCGAGUCAGCCAGCUGGCACUGUCUACCCUUCCCAGACACCUUCACGAGCUGAGUCUCAGGCAUCAACAUCGGGCCCCGCCACCGGGGCCUCGGUUCCGCCGAAGACCAGGACAAUUGGGGGCUUUGUGGUCGAGGAUGAGGAUGAGGAUGAGGCGGGUGAUGCAGAUUAUGAGCCACCAGCUGUACUAGGUGUCGAAGACAUGAAUACUAUACCUUCGCAACCCAUUGGAAAUGCAAUUCAAGCUACUUCUACCCCUGAUGUAUCAUUGGAUGAAGCUGUGCAGGAGUCUGCCAGCGCGAAGAAUGUCCCUAAUAGUUCUUUCCCUGCUGCUUCUAAAAAUGAUGCGUCUGUGACUUCGGGUCAGGAUCUGUACAGUGCACGUUCUGCGCCACCGGAGAAUGCGCAGGAAACGACCACCUCGACGCCCGAGUCUCCCUCAACCGCGAGAGGCCGGUUACCUCACGAUCGCGUUGGCAUUCUGGAAGACCGAAUCCAAGAAGACCCCCGUGGUGACAUUCCCGCUUGGCUGGAACUGAUUAACGAGCACAGAAGUCGCAAUAGGAUUGAUAAUGCACGCGACGUGUAUGAGCGUUUCUUGAAGGUCUUUCCAUUUUCUGCUGAGCAAUGGGUGGCCUAUGCGACAAUGGAGUCCGAACUUAAUGAGCUCUUCCGUCUGGAGCAAAUCUUCAACCGGACUCUGUUGACCAUUGCGGACGUGCAACUCUGGACCGUCUACCUGGACUACGUUCGUCGCCGCAAUCCCCUCACCACAGACACCACCGGGCAAGCGAGACGGAUCAUUUCUUCCGCCUAUGAGCUGGCGCUUCAGCACAUCGGUAUCGACAAGGAUUCGGGGUCGAUCUGGUCGGAUUACGUCCAAUUCAUCCGCUCCGGGCCCGGAAACGUUGGAGGCUCCGGAUGGCAGGACCAACAAAAGAUGGAUCUGCUUCGCAAAGCUUAUCAACGGGCCAUUGCGGUUCCCACCCAGGCUGUCAAUACUCUCUGGAAAGAGUAUGACCAGUUUGAGAUGGGCUUGAACAAACUGACGGGCCGUAAGUUUCUGCAGGAGCAGUCUCCGGCGUAUAUGACUGCCCGCAGCUCUUUCACCGAACUGCAGAACAUCACCAGGGAUCUGAACCGGACCACGCUGCCAAGGCUGCCUCCUGUCCCCGGCUCGGACGGUGAUAUCGAGUUUCUGCAACAGGUGGAGAUCUGGAAACGCUGGAUCCAAUGGGAGAAGGGAGACCCGCUUGUUUUGAAGGAGGAAGACAUGGCUGUUUUCAAGACACGUGUGGUUUAUGUCUAUAAGCAAGCACUUAUGGCUCUCCGGUUCUUGCCCGAGCUGUGGUAUGAAGCGGCCGAGUUUUGCCUCCAUAAUGACAUGGAGACCGAAGGAAAUGAGUUCUUGAAGCAUGGCAUAGAUGGUAAUCCUGAGAGCUGCCUGCUCGCCUUCAAGCGUGCCGACUGGCUGGAAAUCAACUCCGAAUCUGAGCAGGAUCCCGUCAAACGCGGUGCUAAGGUCAGAGAACCCUAUGAUAGACUGCUGGACUCGCUUUACGAUCUCAUCGCCAAGGCGCGUACUCGGGAGUCCCAAGACGUUGCUCAUCUCGAGGAGACCUUUGCAAAGAUGAACCCCGAGAAGCAACCAACCAGGAAUGAAGAUGACGAUGAUGACCAGGGCGAGACCAAGGCAAGAGAGUCCGUGAAGAACGCGCAGAUUGAGGCGGUUCGACAGGCACAUGCGAUCCAAAUCGGCAUUCUAUCCCGGACGAUUUCCUUCGCCUGGAUCGCUCUUAUGCGCGCAAUGCGUCGUGUUCAGGGUAAGGGUAAGCCUGGAGAGAUGCCUGGCUCGAGACAGAUCUUUGCGGAUGCGCGCAAGAGGGGUCGCAUCACCAGUGAUGUCUACAUCGCCAGUGCUCUCAUUGAGUACCAUUGCUACAAAGACCCCGCUGCAACGAAGAUCUUUGAGCGGGGUGCGAAGCUGUUCCCGGAAGACGAAAACUUUGCCCUGGAAUAUCUGAAGCAUCUCAUCGACAUUAACGAUGUUAUCAAUGCUCGAGCUGUGUUCGAGAUGACCGUGAGAAAGUUGGCCUCCAAUCCGGAGAAUGUGCAAAAGACGAAGCCGAUCUUUGCAUUCCUUCACGAGUAUGAGUCGCGGUACGGUGACCUGGUGCAAGUGAUCAACCUCGAGAACCGCAUGCGCGAACUGUUCCCGGAAGACCCCACGCUGGAGCAAUUUGCGCACCGAUACUCGAGUCCUAACUUUGACCCCACCGCUGUGCGACCCAUCAUCUCCCCAUCUCAGACGCGGCCCAAGAUGGCCUACCCGGCAGAGCAAGUCAUGUCCCGUCAUGCUACACCUACUGCGCGAUACCAGGACGCCUCGGCGACCAACUCGCCCAAACGGCAAUUGGAUGACUUUGACGACGACAUGGGUCGGCCGCGCAAGUUUGUCCGUGCCGAAUCGCCUCUCAAGACGACGCAGAGGCGCCAGCUGGACCAGAAGCGCACGCAGCAGACGAUGGGUGGCCAGUCUGGGUCCCAGUUCCGGUCGCAAGGAUCACCGGCACCGUUGCCGCGCGACAUUGUUUUCCUUCUGAGCAUUAUUCCUUCAGCUUCCUCGUACAACGCGGGGAGAUUCUCUCCAGAGAAAAUGGUUGACCUGAUCCGGAGGAUUGAUAUGCCCAGUUCGAUUUCCCAAAUCCCGCUUCCGCGGGGACUGAACGCCGGGCAGACGCCCCAGGCAUUUCCAGGCAUGUACCGUUCAUAAUCUCUUGAUGAUAUAGACCUUCCGUCACCACCCUUCAAGCGCAAAUUCUCCCUCUCAACCUAGCGCCGUAUCUUGUUCUUCUUCACGCGCUCGACCGCAUGUAUUGCCGCAGCGUGGUACUGGAGUGUAUAGUUGUUGGAUGUUGCUUGCAUUUGAUGAACCGGCGUUUCCUUGGUUGGCAAUCACGAUGAGACUUUUGGCGGCUGGGUGAUGCAUCAUUAUUCGACUUUGAGAUUGGUGAUUCCAUUUCCGCACUGGGUGGGUUUUGUAUAUUUUAGUGCCGUUCAGCAUGGAAUGAGAGUGAGCCGGUUACCGAUGUCUACUUUUCUUUUUAUAACGAUGA